CUUUGUCUAAAUUACGUAAAACUUAAAAAAUAGAACGCAGCGAUUAUUUCCAAUUUUAUAGAACCGCGCCAUUCCAUACUUGAAUAUUUGAACAUUCCCGCCAAUGUCCGCGCCGAUCACCCCAUCCCACUUUCCCGCCCCAAGUUUCGCGCGCAACUCGAGUGACAGCUGUGAAAGGGUCGACUGAGAUUCUUAUUAGACGAAAAUAAACAUAUUUUGUCUGAAUUUGUGUUUAAAACCUUCAAAUUCUGUGAAAUUUACUAUAUAGUGUAGUACUAUAGUGGGAAUAUCCAUUUAUUCACAUUGAAUUUUUAUGUUUUAACUUGAUUUCUGAGUGAUAAUAGCAAAAAUAUCGAAACAUAACCUUCUAAUUUUCCAUUGCUAUUAUUUUCCUGUAUGAGUUUUCAUUUUCUAACUGGAAUUUAGAAAAAUGUGGUAAAUAAACAAAAGAAAAAGUGCGUCAUCGAUGUCGGAUGCACCGGAUGCACUAUCUAGACCGGACAUCAUAAAUUAUUUGACGUUUAAUAACUUGACAUAAUAAUAACAAUGUUGAAUGUUGACGUAAAUUACCCAUGCGCGGACCGCUAUAAACUGGUCGAUAAUCAAUAGCCUGAAGAGCACAGGAUAUCUAGAUUCAGGUCUUGUCUCUUUCGAACUACCCCUUCCUACUGCCCCUACCUACGACCCCUGCAUCGCGCCGGGCUCGCCACCUUUAUUGAUUUGAGUGCAGUUCGGUGAGCGGGUCAUUCUACCCGGUGCUCCAAUGCAGGGCAGUUUCAAGAUCCAGCUCAUCAACAUGGGAACUCGGGCGGCGGCAUAAUUGUAUGAGGGGCGUCGUUGAGUAGUGCUUUAUAUGUGUCCAAAUGCAGGGACCACAGGAUACCAUGCAGUAUUCGGUUUCGGAUUCAGAGCUGAGCUUGAAAGUUACAGCAAAAAUCCGCAGCCUGUACGACGCCCAGCUACGGCUGCAACACAACAUACAGCCGUUGCCCCUCGGCACUGACAUCGCCAACACCGUCAAGUACUUCUCGCAGACAUUACUCAGCGUCCUCAAAGAUGUACCCCGCUCUCCAUUGGAGAUGCUGCGAGAUGCGGACAAUGAUGGUGAGAGGAUGGGCCUGUACCCCAACCUGGAUUACAAGAGCUUGUUCAACGCCCUCUCGGGGCUCGUCGACUCGACGCCACAUCUGCAGUAUGGGACGCUGCCAUUCGGGCAAGCCAUCCUACAAUGUUUGGGUUGCUUGCUGCCCUUCCUGGAGUACGACAUGAUAGACAACCUUCCAUUCCUGGUGGCCUACUGUGUCGCCAUGUUUCCUGUGGCCCUGCAUCAGGAGAUCUUGCAUCUGCUGUCUUAUUACAUCCUGCCGUUUACUAUCACUCGUAAGUAUGCGGGUAUGGAGGAAGAGAGUCAGGCAUCUCAAUCUGUGGCUGCCAUUAUCAUGAUGGUGUUCCAGCACUCCAAUAAUCCAGCGCACCACUGCCAACUCCUAGAAUGCCUGAUGUCGAUGAAGCAGUGGGUGGUGAAGGACAUCCUGUGCGUGAUCGCGUACGGCACGUGGGGCGCGCGACUGUCGGCUGCCAAGCUGCUGUUCUACUACUGGCCGCCGUUCGAUGCCAAGCUGUUCGAUCGGAAGGGGCUGCUCUGCAAGUUUUCCAACGACCUGGUCCCGUUCCUGUGCCAGCGCGACAUGUGUCCCAACGCGGGCACUGCGGAGGCCGCCAAGGUCUGCUACGACCACUGCAUCAGUGUCACCUUCGCGUCCGACAGUCCGCCGCCACUGUAUCUUUGCAUCGAGUGCGCUAAUGAGAUACAUCGAGAACAUCCCAACCAGCGCUUCUUCGACAUCCUACACCCUCAACAACAAGUGUCAAUGGUUUGUGAGAACAAGAACUGCCGCUCGACGGACAAGGCGGCGUAUUCCAUCUGUUUCUCCAACGAGUGCGCCAGUUACAACGGAAACCAUCCCAUCAGGUACUGCCAGCAGUGCCACGGCAACCGCCACAACAGCCGGCGCGGCGGGGACCACGUGGUGCACACGCGCCUGCCGCUGGCCUGGCAGAUGGACAGCGACAUGCAGACCAACCUCGUCGAGGCCAUCAUCAGCCUCCUGAAAGAAGCCAAGCCGAUCAACAUGGAAGACCCUGAUAGUUCCACGGAGCAGCUGAAGCCUCCGCUCAGCGUAGACUUGCCUGAUCCCAUCUCUGUUGAAGAUAGACAGCUGCUCGGCAGAUAUGGAGUAUGGCUGAUGGUGGGUUUGUGUACUCCAAACCCUGACACUCCUGACGAGAUCCUGGGACGUCUGCUGUCUGUACUGUUCCACUGGUUCCAUGUUACUUCCUUCUCUUAUACUGGUUAG